GUGUAGCCGACACUCAGGCCAAGACAGUGACGGUGGGCAGGGGGUGGUUCAGCCCGUGGUCGUACGGCGUUGAGUCCUGGAAGCCUCCCCGUGUGAAACCCGGGGACGUGCUUGUGUUCCGCUGGCGCAUGGCAAGGCAUGACGUGUGGCAGCUCAGGGACCUAGCAGCCUACACCAACUGCACCUUCGCCACGGGCAAGAGGCUCAAGCACGUGCACAUCUCCGAGCGCUACAAGUACAAGGUGCCACGGACAGCAGCGGGUACAACUCUCUUCUUCGCCUGCAGCGUGGACGCUCACUGCAGCGCCUACCACAUGAAGACACAGAUCCCUGUCUCACCCUAG